AUAAGAUGAGAGAAACCCCAACUUGAAGGCAGGAGACGACGCCGAAGGGGCUACCUGACGCUUCUUCUGUAGCGCGGAAACCAUCCACUGCGUCACACUGACAUGUUUUUCUCCUCUCUCUCUUGGCUAAUUACCGUCUCCCCCCAAACACAACACCCCCUCACGAUGACCGUGUACAAGCUUAUUUUCCGGUCUGAUACAGUCACGAUGAGCGUGCGUUCUGUUCGCGGCAGGACGGUAGUCUUUCGUCGUGCGAGCCUUCCUCCUCUCCCAGAUAUUCUGCACCUUUCCACACACGUGUCCAGAUUCAGGCGUUUAGUCCAAUCCUCCUUGCUCGUGGGACCUCGCCCCUGGUGGUCGUGGACAACGAGGAGGAAGAGGAGGAAGAGGAGGAGGAAGGAGGAGGGAGGAGGGAGGAGGGCGGAGGGAGGAGGGAGGAGGAGGAGGAGGAGGGAGAGGGAGCAGAGGAGGAACAGGGACAGGGAGAAGAGGAGAUGGGGGAGGAGGGAGAGGGAGCAGAGGAGGAACAGGAACACGGAGAGGAAGAGAUCGCGGAGGAGGAAAAGGGAGCGGAGGAGGAAGAGGGACAGGGAGAGGAGGAAGUCGGGGAAGGAGGAGGAGGAAGAAGGGGAGGAGGAGGAAGAGAGGGAGGAGGAGGAGGAGGAAGGAAGAGGAGGAAGAGAAGGAAGAGGAGGAAGAGGAGGGAGAGGAGGAAGAGGGAUCGGAGGAGGAAGAUGGACACCGAGAGGAGGAGAUAAGGGGGGAGGGGGAAGGAGGAGGAGGAGGAAGGCGGAGCGGAGGAGGAAGAGGACCGGGAUAGGAGGAAGAGGGGGAGGAGGAGGAGGAGGAAGAGGAGGAAGUAGGAGGAGGAGGAGGAGGAGGAGGAGGAAGAGGGACCGCAGGAGGAAGAGCGACACGGAGAGGAGGAGGAGGAAGAGCAGAAGAGGGAGCGGAGGAGGAAGAGGGAGCGGAGGAGGAAAAGGGAGCGGAGGAGGAAGAGGGACAGGGAGAGGAGGAGAUGGGGGAGGAAGACGGGGAGGAAGAGGAGGACAAGGACUCAUGAGAACGAUCUCUCUUUUAUAAUUACCAAAAAAAAAAAAAAAGGCGACAGCCUUGAGAUAUCAUCAACGAACUGACUGGCCCCAGGUAAUUCAGAAUUGCUGUACGUCACUCGUCGGAAUUGCUGUACGUCACUCAUCAGAAUGGCUGUACGUCACUCAUCAGAAUGGCUGUACAUCACUCAAUUGCUGUACGUCACUCAUCAGAAUUGCUGUACGUCACUCAUCUGGAUUCGAACGAUGUAUGUGCAAUCAAUAGUAUUUCCUAUG